CGCUCAUGAACAUCCUCCUAUCCUAAACUUUUGACGAUUGUCUAAACGAAAUCUAAAUCAUCCAAACAGAAUCAUAUCUGCGGUAACAAAAAUCACAGUCGGGCCUGCGCCUCAAGGGCCACUCAUCAUGGGUUUAACCGACUUCCUUAACGCAAAGAGCGAAAAGUUUGACGAAUUCGAGAACCCCAAUUCGUUUGAGAAGGAUGAUUGUCUUUCAUGCCGAAUCAUUGGCUCUACGGCUAUGGUAUCACUGGGUGGUUACACGUACUUUUCUGGCAUGAACCAGCUCAAGGCGCAACGGCAGGUCAUUGAAUUGAGCAAAUCAAAGUACAAAUAUGGCUCACGGCAGCUGGGAAUCUUGUCAUUGUCGGCCACCCUUGUGAGCCUGGGCAUUUAUCGAAUGUUCAAUUGAACAAUUGUUCAUCACAUCAUCAUCCCAUCAUGGUCUCUGCUUCAAAUCGUCAAGCUUGGAUGCAUUAUUGAGCGUGUAUAUUAUCAGCAAGAACAUGUUUAAUCAUGGCCCUCUCAUGUGAAAUAGGCACUCUGUAAAUCAUCACUAGGAUAACAUGUUUAAUCAUGG